AUGACUGAACAAUCAGAGCUUUCGGAGUUCCCCGACGCACCCCCACCCUAUAAACAGGAUAAUUCGAUCCAAGCUCUUUUCGACUAUGUAGUAGAACAAGCUAAACCCCUAGUUGCCUCAACAUCCAGAACUUCUGAAGAAUCUAGAUCUCCAGAGACUAUCAGUCCUAGUGAUAAAGGAGUUUCCCCUGAACCAGUAAUCAAAAAGCCACCCGAAUCUAUUAAAUCUA